AUGAACAUGAACCAGAGCAACAAAGCCGCCAGCGGCAUCGACGGAACACCCACCGGCAACCCCUCUCUACAGAGCCAAGACCCGUUCGCCUCUCAGCGCUCGUCCGACAACGAUCCCUUCGCCGGCGAUAAGCUGGGCGACCUCGCCGGCCCCGACAGCAUGAAGAUGGCGUCCGCACAAGGAUCACCGCCCCGCGAUAGGCGGAUGAGCAAGGAGUGGGACGCUUCCAAGGUGCCCCCGUCACGCUUCCAGAAGCGCGAAGGCAGCAUCUACUCGACGCCCAGCUCACGUGACGGCCACACGAGAUCGCGGGAUGAGGCUUACCAUGCCAAGCUCAAGGAGAAGGUGAGAGAUGUCGACUAG